AUGAAAGCACCUAGUGCAGUUAUAGCGCUCAUAGUAUGCCUGUCGGCGGCCACACCACUACUGGCCUCCAGUGCCGUCGGCGACGUUGUCGGCAAACUGACGGUCGGAUACCAGGGAUGGUUUGGCGCUAAAGGGGAUAAAUCGCCGCGCGAUGCUUGGAUCCAUUGGGUCGACCACAGCGACCACCCCUACAAAGACCACCAAAAGUUUGACAUUUGGCCAGACGUUAGAGAAUACACGCAUACCUACCAAACGGGUUACGCUAACCUCGGUAAUGGACAACCGGCUACGUUGUUCUCGUCGUACGACAACCAAACUGUGGACACACACUUCAAAUGGAUGCAUGAGGUGAAUAUCUACAUCACCAUAUGUAACAACAUCGAUACGGCGGCUCUGCAGCGAUUUGCAGGCGACGCCAAAAAAGAUCCAGGUUACGCCAAAUGGCUCAACGAUAUCGCCGACAACGUGAGGGCUGGGGCCGAAGCUCACGGCCCCAAGUUUUACGUGAUGUGGGAUAUCAGCGGUUGGAAUAACUUCGCCACAGAACUCGUUGAAGACUACGACACUAACAUCAAGAGGCUGACCACCAGUAAGGCCUACGCCCAACAAAACGGCAAACCCGUGGUCUGCGUCUGGGGUUUCGGGUUCAACGAUAGGCCGCAGGACACGAAGGGUGCGCUUAAUGUCAUCGAGCAGCUCAAGCAAAGGGGUCUCUAUGUGAUUGGCGGUGUGGAUACCCAGUGGCGCUCCGACACCAGCGCCUGGAAGGACGUCUUCACGAAGCUCGAUAUGUUGCAGCCCUGGGCGGUCGGCCGAUUCGGGGGCGUUCCGGGUGCCGAGGGUUAUAAACCGACAUUGGAGGCCGACUACAAGCACCUUAAUGAGCUUAAAAUAGACUAUCAGCCGGUUCUAUUUGCGGGUUUCUCGUGGGGCAACUGGGUGCCCAAGGCUGUACGCAAUCAGAUCCCGCGUGAGCAUGGUGACUUUAUGUGGCGUCAGUUCGUGAACGUGCGAGAGCUGGACAUCCCGUCGUGUUAUGUGGCGAUGUUUGACGAGUACGACGAGGGG